CGCAUGCGCGUAAGGCUGACGGGUUUGAAAUGGCUUCGGUGUUAGCCGGGACCGGGUUCAGGUGAAGGUCUGGUCCUCGCGGUUGGAGCGGCCGGCGGCUGAGCCGGGGUUCUUAACGUCCAGUCGGAUCCGCGGAAGAGCUCGGGGCGACCGUUUUGGUAGCACGGCAUCCGUAGGCCGGCGACGAUCGCUGCUAUAGAAGACAAACAAGUGAAGGUUUUCUCCCUCCCCCUUUUAUCAUGGCUCAGUUUGGAGGACAGAAGAAUCCGCCAUGGGCUACUCAGUUUACAGCCACUGCGGUAUCUCAGCCAGCCGCAUUGGGUGUUCAGCAGCCAUCACUCCUUGGAGCAUCUCCUACCAUUUACACACAGCAAACUGCAUUGGCAGCAGCAGGCCUUACUACACAAACCCCAGCAAACUAUCAGUUAACUCAAACUGCAGCAUUGCAGCAACAAGCCGCAGCUGCAGCAGCAGCAUUGCAACAGCAAUAUUCACAACCUCAGCAAGCCUUGUAUAGUGUGCAACAACAGUUGCAGCAACCUCAGCAGACCCUGUUAACCCAGCCGGCUGUCGGACUGCCUACAAGCCUUAGCUUGUCAACUCCUCAACCAGCAGCUCAGAUAACUGUAUCAUAUCCAACACCAAGGUCCAGUCAGCAACAGACACAACCUCAGAAACAGCGUGUUUUUACCGGGGUGGUUACAAAACUACACGAUACAUUUGGAUUUGUGGAUGAAGAUGUAUUCUUUCAGCUUAGUGCUGUCAAAGGGAAAACCCCCCAAGUGGGUGACAGAGUAUUGGUUGAAGCUACAUAUAAUCCCAAUAUGCCUUUUAAAUGGAAUGCACAAAGAAUUCAAACACUACCAAAUCAGAAUCAGUCACAAACCCAACCUUUACUGAAGACUCCUCCUGCAGUACUUCAGCCAAUUGCACCACAGACGACAUUCGGUGUUCAGGCUCAGCCCCAGCCCCAGUCACUGCUGCAGGCACAGAUUUCAGCAGCCUCUAUUACGCCACUAUUGCAGACGCAGCCCCAGCCUUUAUUACAGCAGCCACAGCAGAAAGCUGGUUUAUUGCAACCUCCUGUCCGUAUAGUUUCACAGCCACAACCAGCACGAAGAUUAGAUCCACCAUCCAGAUUUUCAGGAAGAAAUGACAGAGGGGAUCAAGUGCCCAACAGAAAAGAUGACCGAAGUCGUGAAAGGGAGAGAGAAAGACGUAGAUCCAGAGAAAGAUCUCCUCAGAGAAAACGUUCCCGGGAGAGAUCUCCUCGAAGAGAGAGAGAACGGUCACCUCGGAGAGUUCGACGUGUUGUUCCACGUUACACAGUUCAGUUUUCAAAGUUUUCUUUAGAUUGUCCUAGUUGUGACAUGAUGGAACUAAGGCGCCGUUAUCAGAAUUUAUAUAUACCUAGUGACUUUUUUGAUGCUCAGUUUACGUGGGUGGAUGCUUUCCCUUUGUCAAGACCAUUUCAGCUGGGAAAUUACUGCAAUUUUUAUGUAAUGCACAGAGAAGUAGAGUCCUUAGAGAAAAAUAUGGCCAUUCUUGAUCCACCAGAUGCUGAUCACUUAUACAGUGCAAAGGUAAUGCUGAUGGCUAGCCCUAGUAUGGAAGAUUUGUAUCAUAAGUCAUGUGCUCUUGCUGAAGACCCACAAGAACUUCGAGAUGGAUUUCAGCAUCCUGCUAGACUUGUUAAGUUUUUAGUGGGCAUGAAAGGCAAGGAUGAAGCCAUGGCCAUUGGAGGCCACUGGUCUCCUUCGUUGGAUGGACCAGACCCAGAAAAAGACCCCUCUGUGUUGAUUAAGACUGCUAUUCGUUGUUGUAAGGCUCUGACAGGCAUUGAUCUAAGUGUAUGCACACAAUGGUACCGUUUUGCAGAGAUUCGCUACCAUCGCCCUGAGGAGACCCACAAGGGGCGUACAGUUCCAGCUCAUGUGGAGACAGUGGUUUUAUUUUUCCCGGAUGUUUGGCAUUGCCUUCCCACCCGCUCAGAGUGGGAAACCCUCUCCCGAGGAUACAAGCAGCAGCUGGUCGAGAAGCUUCAGGGUGAACGCAAGGAGGCUGAUGGAGAACAGGAUGAAGAAGAGAAGGAUGAUGGUGAAGCUAAAGAAAUUUCCACUCCUACCCAUUGGUCUAAACUUGAUCCGAAGACAAUGAAGGUAAAUGAUCUCCGAAAAGAAUUAGAAAGUCGAGCUCUUAGUUCCAAAGGGUUAAAAUCCCAGUUAAUAGCCCGAUUGACAAAACAGCUUAAAGUAGAAGAGCAAAAAGAAGAACAAAAGGAAUUAGAGAAAUCUGAGAAAGAAGAGGAAGAGGAGGAUGAUAGGAAAUCUGAAGAUGAUAAAGAGGAAGAAGAAAGAAAACGUCAAGAGGAACUAGAACGCCAGCGUCGGGAAAGAAGAUAUAUUUUGCCUGAUGAGCCAGCUAUUGUUGUACAUCCAAACUGGGCUGCAAAAAGUGGCAAGUUUGAUUGUAGCAUCAUGUCUUUGAGUGUUCUUUUGGACUACAGAUUAGAGGAUAAUAAAGAACAUUCAUUUGAGGUUUCAUUAUUUGCAGAGCUUUUCAAUGAAAUGCUUCAAAGAGAUUUUGGCGUCAGAAUAUACAAAUCAUUAUUGUCUCUUCCUGAGAAAGAGGAUAAAAAAGAAAAGGAAAAGAAAAGCAAAAAAGAUGAGAGAAAAGAUAAAAAAGAAGAAAGAGAUGAUGAAACUGAUGAGCCAAAACCCAAAAGGAGAAAAUCAGGCGAUGAUAAAGAUAAAAAAGAAGAUAGAGAUGAAAGGAAGAAAGAAGAUAAAAGAAAAGAUGAUUCUAAAGAUGAUGAUGAAACUGAAGAAGAUAAUAAUCAAGAUGAAUAUGAUCCAAUGGAGGCGGAAGAAGCUGAGGAUGAAGAAGAUGAUCGGGAUGAGGAAGAAAUAAACAAACGAGAUGACAAAAGAGAUAUUAAUAGAUACUGCAAGGAGAGGCCCUCUAAAGAUAAGGAAAAAGAAAAGAUUCAGAUGAUCACAAUUAACAGAGAUCUAUUAAUGGCAUUUGUUUAUUUUGAUCAAAGCCAUUGUGGUUACCUUCUUGAAAAGGAUUUGGAAGAAAUACUUUAUACUCUUGGACUACAUCUUUCUCGGGCUCAGGUAAAGAAGCUUCUUAAUAAAGUAGUACUCCGUGAAUCUUGCUUUUACCGAAAAUUAACAGACACCUCAAAAGAUGAAGAAAACCAUGAAGAAUCUGAAGCAUUGCAGGAAGAUAUGCUAGGAAACAGAUUGUUACUUCCAACACCGAUAGUAAAACAGGAAUCAAAGGAUAUGGAAGAAAAUGUUGGCCUUAUUGUGUAUAAUGGUGCAAUGGUCGAUGUAGGAAGCCUCUUGCAAAAAUUGGAAAAGAGUGAAAAAGUACGAGCUGAAGUGGAACAGAAGCUGCAGUUACUAGAAGAAAAGACAGAUGAAGAUGAAAAAACCAUAUUAAAUUUGGAGAAUUCCAACAAAAACCUCUCUGGUGAACUCAGAGAAGUUAAAAAGGACCUUAGUCAGUUACAAGAAAACUUAAAGAUUUCAGAAAACAUGAAUUUGCAAUUUGAAAACCAGCUGAAUAAGACAAUCAGAAACUUAUCCACAGUAAUGGAUGAGAUCCACACUGUUCUUAAGAAGGAUAAUGUGAAGCAUGAAGAUAAAGAUCAGAAAUCCAAGGAGAAUGGUACAAGUGUAUGAUAAAAUACAUGUAGUGAUGAAGAAUGGUGAUAAUUAAUGUAAUAUAUAAAAUCAUGAUACAAGAAUGUUUGAAAGUGAUGCAUGUUUGAUUUUAGUAGUAUAAAUAUCUGUUAGUUCAAAUGAUGUAUAAAGUUUUAUGAAUGUGAGUCUUUGCUUUUGAAAAUUGCUUGUAAUUCCUGGCAUCCAAAUUAUUAAACACUCCUUGAGUGAAAUAAUUUUGCAUUGCAAAAUGUUUUAGGAUGAACUUUGUUAUAGUUUUAACCCCAAUAAAGUUCAUCAGUUUAAUUGACGGUAGUGUUUAAUUACAAAUGUCUUUUAUUAAAAACGUAGACAGUUGUAAUUUUAGUUAUAGAAUUAUCAUUACUAGUUUUUUUUUUUAAAAAUUUAGCCUUUUAAAAUUUCAGUAUGGGGCUUCCCUGGUGGUGCAGUGGUUAAGAAUCCGCCUGCCAAUGCAGGAGAGAGAGGUUUGAGCCCUGGUCCGGGAAGAUCCCACAGGCCACAGAGCAACUAAGCCAGUGUGCCACAACUACUGAGCCUGCAGUCUAGAGCCUGCGAGCCAGAACUACUGAAGCCCGCGUGCCUAGAGCCCAUGCUCAGCAACAAGAGAAGCCACCACAAUGAGAAGCACACGCACUGCAACAAAGAAUAGACCCCGCUCAACGCAACUAGAGAGCCCACGGGCAGCAAUGAAGACACAAUGCAGGCAAAAAUAAAUUAAAAAAAAAAUUUCACUAUGAAUCAUAAAAUAGGAUUCUGCUUAAAUUUUGCAAGUUUUUUGGACCACACUUUUUUUUUUUACUUGUCCUAAAAUCCUCUCCAAUUUUCAGUCUCUAAAAACAUUUAUUAAAAAUUUAACUCAUCCAAACGACAGUACAUCAAAAACUAAGAAAAUAAUUGUUAAUUGCCAUUGUUACUAUAUAUGUUAGGCUUUACAUAAAACACAUAGUUUUGAUGUUAAUGUUAACUGCUUUCAAUUAACUGUUCUAGUUUCCCAGAAUAGCACCUAUAUUACUUUUAAUUUUGAGGGUUUUUUUUUUUUAAAUGCAGUAUAUGUCAAAUGUACGGUCUAGUACGAAGCCAGUAGAUGUCAGUAUGAUGCCUUAAGUUAAGCCUUCCUUAAUUAAAAAUAGUUUGUUUUAUUAGUCUGUGUACUUCCUUCAGAAUUUUAGGUACAUAAUAGUUUAUUAACUAUUGAGUGAAAAGGUAGGAAAUGUGACAUACUCUAAAGCAGUGGUUCUCAACAGGGGGUGCCUUAGCCCCCAGAAGACGUUUAGCAGUGUCUGGAGCCAUCUGUACGCGUCCCACCAAGGGGAAUGCCACUGGAGUGUAGGUGGUCGAGGCCAAGGACUUGGCUGAGUCACCUGCUUUGCAUGGGACGGCGCAACAAAGGGUUGCCCAGCCCCGUAUGUCAGUAGUGCCCCGCUGGAAAAACUCUGGUCUAAAGGAGUGUAGGGUUAAAAACAACAUGCCUUUGAAAUAACACUAGUGGAAGCUGAAUUGCAUCUGUAGCAAAUAUCAGGUUUUCUGUAUGUAAAUAACCCUCCCUGGAACGUUUCACUGUCAGAGAAUUAUAUAGUAUAUUAGGGGUUUUAUAUUUUAUUUUGCUAGAAUAAUGAUUUGGUGUUCCAAACGGGUUAAUAUGAGAAUGUAAGUGCCCUGUUACAUGUAUCUUAAGCUGAAUGGAAUCCAUGUAGCUCUUACUAAGGAACAGAUUAAAAUACCUAAAAUUC